CAUAUUUGCAUCCCACCGUCCAUUCUCACGUGCAUUGUAGCAAUCAAAGCCGUUGCCUUCUCAGUCGCAUCUUCUGACGCCACGUAGCAUCUCUUACACGUGUCAUUAAAGUAACGGUUAAAUCUAAAAGGAUAUAAUUUAAUGUUAUCCUCCCGUUCUCUAUAAAUACCCCAUCCUGCUCGCUUAGCGCUUGCUCCACAUUCAAAGUUACAACAAAGCCCAGAAACAGAUAUUUCCACUCUGAAAACAAAUCAAAAACAGAAAAAAAAAGAAGAAGAGAAAACAGCCCAGAAAUGGCAAUGAAUAUAACACAUCAGAUAGGAGCUCUAGCAGGAACACCAAUCUCAACAGAGCCGAUACCAAGCGAAUCAACAGCGACGGUUAGCGCAGUAUGGAAAACACCGACGCCGAAUGCACGAUGCAAGAUUCAAAAGGCAGACACUACAGAGCAAAAAUCGCAGCCAACGAGCCCAUGCAUGUCGCCAAUCCUAAGCGGCAUGCGUGCAGAUCUCUCUGUCGCAUGUCGUGCGUUUGCUGACGUGGCAACAUUAGAACCGUCGAUAGAAGAGAGAAUGUAUAGAGAUGGUGGAGGGAAAGAGGAAGGCAAGGGAGUCCCGGUGUAUGUCAUGAUGCCGUUAGACAGUGUAACGAUGAAUAACGGCGUCAAUAGACGGAAAGCGAUGAACGCGAGUUUACAGGCGUUGAAGAGUGCCGGAGUUGAGGGGAUAAUGAUGGAUGUGUGGUGGGGAUUGGUGGAGAGAGAAGGUCCUGGUGUUUACAAUUGGGGUGGAUAUAUCGAGCUUUUAGAAAUGGCUAAACGACACGGUCUUAAGGUUCAAGCUGUUAUGUCGUUUCAUCAGUGUGGAGGCAACGUUGGUGAUUCUUGCACUAUUCCAUUGCCCAAGUGGGUUGUGGAGGAGAUUGACAGAGAUGUAGACCUUGCAUAUACGGAUCAGUGGGGUAGAAGGAAUUAUGAAUAUCUAUCCUUAGGCUGUGAUACCCUUCCAGUACUCAAGGGGAGGACACCUGUGCAGUGUUACUCUGACUUUAUGCGUGCUUUCAGAGACAACUUCAAACACCUUCUUGGUGAUACCAUUGUGGAAAUUCAAGUUGGGAUGGGACCAGCAGGUGAGCUUCGUUAUCCUUCUUACCCUGAACAAAAUGGGACAUGGAGAUUUCCUGGCAUUGGAGCUUUCCAAUGUUACGACAAGUAUAUGCUCAGCAGCCUGAAAGCUGCAGCUGAAGCUGCUGGUAAGCCAGAAUGGGGUAGCACAGGCCCGACUGAUGCUGGUCAUUAUAACAACUGGCCAGAAGAUACUCCGUUUUUCAAAAAGGAUGGUGGUGGUUGGAAUAGUAUUUAUGGUGAAUUCUUCCUCGGUUGGUACUCUCAGAUGCUUCUAGAUCAUGGUGAGAGAAUACUGUCAUCAGCCACGGCCAUCUUCGAGAACACAGGAGUAAAGAUUUCAGUGAAGGUUGCAGGGAUUCAUUGGCACUAUGGGACAAGGUCUCAUGCACCAGAGCUCACAGCUGGGUAUUAUAACACAAGAUUCCGAGAUGGUUACCUUCCGAUUGCACAAAUGUUAGGACGCCAUGGUGCGAUAUUCAACUUCACUUGUAUUGAGAUGCGUGAUCAUGAGCAGCCACAGGAUGCCCUUUGUGCACCUGAGAAGCUUGUCAGGCAGGUGGCUUUAGCAACUCAGGAAGCACAGGUUCCACUUGCUGGCGAAAAUGCCCUGCCACGAUACGAUGACUUCGCACAUGAGCAGAUCUUGCAGGCAUCAUCGUUGAGUAUUAAUGGCGAUUCGGAUGAUAGAGAGAUGUGUGCUUUUACGUACUUGAGGAUGAAUCCCCAUUUAUUCCAGGAAGAUAACUGGAGACGAUUUGUGGCAUUUGUAAAAAAGAUGAAGGAAGGGAAGAAUGUUGAUCGGUGUAGGGAGCAGGUCGAGCGGGAAGCUGAACAUUUUGUCCAUGUAAGUCGGCCUUUAGUCCAAGAGGCUGCAGUGGCUCUAAUGCAUUAGGGAUUUGGUUGACUUGCCAGAAUUUACCAUGGCAAUUAACCCUCUGUCCUUUUUUGUUAUAGCUGCCUUUUUUUUAUGCUGUAGCUAUCUCUAGAAAUGUGCCUGGAGCACCUAGAAAAACAAAACAAAACAAAACAAAAGAAUCAAAACUAAAAGAUGUAAAAAUGUGUGAUGUUGUUCUAUAAUAAGUGAAUUACAAAUAACAUUUACUUUUUCUAA